GUGUGCUUUCUUUUGAAAAUGCUGUUCCUGCUUCCGCUGUGCAUUUUUAAGGUUUUUCCUGUAUAGCACUUUUUCCUUCCAAAAUGGACGAGAAUAAAAAGGUGUUUUACAGCUACGUUGACAACAUGCACAGGAAAAACGAGGAGAUACACAAAAUAAUGGACAUGAAGGAGAAAAUCAAAAAGGAGGAGCAAAAAAAAAUAGAGGAGUCCCAGAGAAUUAUCAAAAAUAACCAAGUUUCCAUAGACACCGUUGAUGAUGCACAUAAAGCUAAGGAGCUGACUUGUGUAAAUUUAAAAAAGGAAAUAUCCAUCCAGAAAAGGAAGCUGCAAAUUUUGAAUACCCUCUUGGGAGAAUUGCCCGAUGUUAUCCAGGGAGAGGAGGGAAAAUACAGCGAAUUUAAGAAGAAGUCCCGCAAGGAGAUAGGCGAACUGAUGAAGACCCUGGAGUCGCCACUUUACACGAGCAGCGCCGAUGACAUUUGGGACAAAAUAAAGGAAUGUCAAUCCAACACCGAUCAGCUAAAUAGUGCAAUAUACCAGGCGCACGACGAAUUGGCACUCCUAAAAACGGAGUAUAAUAGUUCCAAGGAGAAAUUCAGAGACCUCGUCGAGGUAGAGCGGAACAAAAAUAAGAAGCUAAAAAAAAUAUCAGCCACACUGCAGUUCAUUCAAAAUUUAAAAAAAGGCACAAAUGGAAAAUCAAACGACGAAGGAGAUUUAAAAAAAAGGUUAGAAGAAAUAAACGAUUUGUACAGGUAACUUUGUAUGACUUCUUCACCCCUUACGUGAGUGUUACGUAGAACUCUGGGGACUCUGCCCCGACUUCCCUUCCCCCUGCUUGGAUUUUUUUAAGUCCCUUUUAUAAUUCUUUCGCAAAGACCUUU